AAGAUCACCAUUUAUCAUAAGACUUCUGAUAAAGAUUAAGCAAACACACUAACCUUCAAUAAGGAUAUGUGGUAAGCUUGUGCAUCGUUUAAUUGAUUUUAAAAUUCACUACAAUAUGAAAUUCUAUAUAUCAAUCGUAUUACUUUGUCUCGUGAAGUUUACUGCGGCAAUGGAAACAGUUACGGUUGAGACAAAGGUUGGUGAAAUAAAGGGAUACGCACGGACGAUCGAACCAUUUGGGAAGCCUCUCAGAGUUCGACAGUUCCUUGGGAUACCUUACGCCGAACCACCAGUUGGUGCACUCCGGUUUCAGAAACCUGUGAUGAAACGAAGAAUGGAUGGUGUUUAUGAUGCCACGAACUACAAACCUGCCUGUUCACAACUCUAUAUAGAUCUUUUAGGAAAGCGGAAGAAUGGUUCGAUGCAAUACUCAAAUGACUGUCUAGUGUUGAAUAUUUACACGCCAGACAAUCUAGGAUCGAGUGUGAAGGUACCAGUUAUGAUUGUUAUUCAUGGUGGGGGUUUUGUCGUUGGAUCAUCAAACAUAUACUCAGGACAUAUAACAAGCGCGUAUGGAAACGUUGUCGUGGUAACUAUCAAUUACAGGUUAGGCCUAUUUGGAUUUUUGAGCACCGGAGAUUCAAACUUACCAGGAAAUUACGGACUCUGGGACCAACAUAUGGCUAUCCGUUGGGUUCAUGAAAAUAUUGCAGCCUUCGGAGGUGAUCCUGAACAAGUGACUUUAAUAGGGGGCUCAGCAGGUGGGGCAAGUGUGAUCUUCCAAGCAAUGUAUCCUGGUAAUAAAGGACUGUUCAAAAGAAUUAUUCCCCAAAGUGGAAGCAUAACAUGUCCAUGGGCUUAUCAACGCGACUCACUAAAGAAUGCCAAACGAAUGGCAAAUAUUGUUGGUUGUGCGACUGACGUAGAUUCGUCACAACUCGCAUCUUGUCUUAGGAAAAUUCCCGACGAAGCUUACAUGGAAGCUAUGAAUAAUCCUGCAAAUAACUACAGAAGAUUUCCUCUGGAAUUCGUAGUUUCUGUUGAUGGAGAAUUUGUCCCGUUAUCUACGUGGGGAAUGCUUCAUAGCGAGGUUGAUAUAGCAAAAGCAAGGCGGAGGUUCUUCCGCAGUAUUGAUGUUAUAGCAGGACUUGUGGAGGACGAAGGACACAUGAUGAUUACGCCUUUUGUAGGCGUUGAUAAUACAGACACAUUUUCCACGAACAGAUCGAACUUUGAAAAUGAAUUAGUUCCGGAGAUAAUUCGUGUAAUGUAUGGAGAAAAUAUUCCAGACAGUAUAAGAGCUGUCGUUGUUUCUGAAUACACGAACUGGAACGACCCUGAAAACAACGAUAAUACUUAUGACUCUUUCAUUCGCCUGAGCUCCGAUUAUGUGUUCAACAGUCAUACAAUUGACAUUACAAAAAUCCAUGCCACGAAAGAUGGGGACAAUUCCAACACGUAUCUUUACAUGUUCAAUGCUCUUCCCUCUCAGCACAUACUGUGGGUACCACCCACGUGGAAAAGGGGCUCAGUUCAUGCUGACGAGUGGGCAUUUAUUUUAGGGUACGAUUCUGAUACAGGAUUUACAAGCGCAACGGCUCCGUACGGUCAGGAGCCAGAGGAAUGGGAAAUUGAAAUGUCAAAAGUAGUCAUCAAGAUAUGGACAAAUUUUGCGAAAAGCGGGGAUCCAAACAAGCCUGAAAGUAUUCCAGUUGUAUGGCCAAAGUUCACUUUAGAAAAACAGCUGUAUCUCAACAUAAGUAGAGAUAUGUCAGUAGGAGAACGGUUAUUUGAGAGAGGAUACAAUUUUUGGACAAAUGUUCUGCCUGAACUUGUCAAGAUGACAAAGCCAGAAAAUACGAUAGAGAAAAAAUUGUAUUGCGAUAAAAACGGUGAUUGUCCACCGUAGUUAUAAAAAGAGCUUGAUGUACCGUUAGUGAACAAAUAUAUAUAUAAACAAGACUCCCGGCGCUCUUUCUGGGAGCACAUAAUAACGCAAUAGUCUUAAAAUUUAUCAAGAAGAUAAUCAUUAGAAAUAUUGUAAAGAAGAUCAAUUUUGUAAUAAAGACCUGAAAGUAUAAGAAAUAUAAGCCAAUAGAGAGGCUGAAAUUUCAAAUACAUGUGGGUGCGGUUUCUAGUAGCUACAAGGUCAGGUGCAUAUUUUAGCUUCACAUUAAUUUGCUUCUUCUUAUUGUCAUUAUAAGUGAUUAACAUGUAACGUUAUGUUACACGUUUUGAUUUGACUGUAAAGAAAAUUUAAAACAUUUAGCAUUAGUCAUGUCCCACUAGUAUGGAGAUAUCCAAAAGGAAUAUUAUGUAUUCUAACACGACCAGCUAAUAACCUACAUACUUGUAGAGCAACUCAAGUUAUUCUACGAUAACCCUAAUUUUGAUACUUAUUAUUUCUUAAAUGAGGUAGGACAUGUGUUCGCACCUGUCCGUCUGUUGGCCAUUUUGUUUCCACUUAAAAAUUUAAAAAUGCUUUGACUUGUUAUCCUAAAAUUGAUAUAAAUAUUAUUGCUCCUAGGCAGUGAAUGGUCUUGUUGCAUUUGAGAUCACUAAUUUAGUUUAAACAUAUUUUAUUGCCAAUAUAUACAUAUAUAAACAGAAAACUUCGUCAUUUGUACAUAAAAUAGACUAAAGGUUCGACUCACAAGUUCUCGCAACAUCAGUAACGGGUCUUCCCUAAUGCAAAUAUUUACAUAUUUAAUUUACAACAAUGCCAACUAAUUAAGCACAUGUGUGGUAAAUAAUACGUUUACAAUAUAAUAGCUACAAAAAAAGGAAAGAAAAAGAAAUAGCUGAAAUAUGUAUAAAGUACAAGUUCAUGUGUAAUUAUAUAAACAAACACAUUUGUGACUAGUGGCAGUGUAUAGAUAGAUGUAAGGGUAACAAAUGUGCAAAUAAAAUUGCAUUAACAUGUACUACAUUUGGGGAAAAAAAGAACAUAAAAAACGAGGAACGAGUACAUGUGUACUUAUAUAAACAAACACAUUUGUGACUAGUGGCAAUGUACAGAUAGAUGUAAGAGUAAAAAAGAUGCAAUUAAAUUGCAUUAACAUGUACUACAUUUGGGAAAAGGAACAUAAAAAAAGAAACAACUGAGGUCUUGUCAAUAAUAAACUUAUAUGUAUGAGUAAAUUUAAUAAUAUUGCCUGCUAAAUAUGGUGAGUCUCAAAAGCGUUUGGUUGAUUUUAUGUAAUGCUAGGUAAUGCUAGACUGAACAGAAUAUUUUGCAGUUGUCAUUCAGAAUUACAAACUAAAAGAAGUUGUGUAUUUAAAGGAUGAAAUUGCCUUAGAUUGUGGAAGAGUUUAAUCCUUUGAUUUAUAUAUUUCGUACAAAUAAAAAGAAAAUGUUUAACGUC